CAAAACCGUAAAGACGUCAAUUUGACAAGUUGUCAAGGCCAAACCGAAAAUUGUAGGAAAACAAAAUUAUUUAAGUUUUCCGCAAUUUACUGAAAACUCCGGUUUUUAAAAUAAUAUUAGACUAAUGAAAUGGCAUCUGCUUUAGAACAGUUUGUAAAUACUGUACGAGCUCUCUCAACACACGGUAACUUUAGAGAACUCUAUGAAGUUAUUACAAAAUCAAACGAGGUUUUGGCGAAGAAUGUUCAACAUUUAGAUAAUGUUCUUGAGACUUUAGAUUAUCAACAACAUUCGUUAGGAGUAUUAGCCGUAUUGUUGGCAAAAUUUAAUAGUCCCAAUGUCUCACUGCCAGAUAACCGAUUUUUGCAAGCUCAAGAAUUUUUAACCAAUUGUAAUAUUGAACAAGUUUUGAGUGCUCCCGAUCUCUUUGCUGAGUUUUGCCAUCUUUUUACUAACUAUUUAGUAGAAGAAAAACAGCCUAUUAAAGGUAUAAGUCUUCUAAAACAAGCAAUAAUAAGACUGGGAUAUGUAUCAAAAGCUCAGCUGACUUCUGUGCAUGCCGAUUUGUGUCAAUUGUGUUUGUUGGCAAAGUGUUUUAAACCAGCAUUAGAAAUAUUAGACGUUGAUAUCAUAAGUAUUUGUCAAGAGAUUACUCAUGCCAAUGUAACCAGCCCUCAGUUUGAUGCAAAAUACUUUUUAUUAUAUUAUUAUUAUGGAGGAAAAAUCUACUUGGCUUUAAGGAACUUAGACAGAGCACUAUAUUUCUUUGAAAUUGCUCUCACUACACCAGCCCAUGCAGUUUCGCAUAUUAUGUUAGAAGCUUAUAAAAAAUUCAUCUUAGUCUCACUCUUAUUACACGGGAAAGUUCAACCAAUCCCAAAAUAUUCUUCCAAAGUUGUGACUAGAUUUAUAAAGCCAUUAUCUCAACCGUACAAUGAUUUAGCAAAUGCUUUUGUUACUAACAAUUCUACAGAACUAACCAAUCUCAUUACAAAGCACACAGAUGUUUUUAAUAGGGAUCACAAUAUGGGAUUGGUAAAGCAAGUGUCGCAGGUUUUGUACAAAAAGAAUAUACAGAGGCUAACUAAAACAUUUUUGACUUUAAGCUUAACAGAUGUGGCGAGUAGAGUUAAUUUACCAGGACCUGCCGAUGCAGAAAAGCACAUUUUAGAUAUGAUUGAGAAUGGUCAAAUAUAUGCCACUAUCAAUCAGAGGGAUGGUAUGGUGGUCUUUAGGGAUGAACCAGACAAAUACAGCGGACCUCAAGUAUUAAAAACACUAGAAGAAGAAUUAACUUUGUGUAUGGAACUGGAUAAUCGGAUUUUAUGCAUGGAUGAAGAGAUUCAAGUGAACCCGCAGUAUGUUAAAAAAACAUCUGGACUUCAGGACGAUGAGCAACCUUCGAAAAGCACCUAUGCAAUGUAAUAUUUUUAUAUACUUUACUAAAUAUUUAAUUUUGUUGGAUUUUUUUUGCUCACUGUUGUUGUAUAUUUUUGAAAACUUUGUAAUAAAACAAGAUAACUCUCUAAAAUGCAGUAAAACAGGAUAACAUGCAGAAUAACUACAUACACUUAAAAAUAAAAGUAAUU